AUGAAAAGUAUACGUAUAUGGUUGGUUAGUGCUAUGAAUUCAGUGAGGAUAAUUGAUAACGUUUUUGGUUGAGACCUUGCAAGAGGUAAAAUCAAGACAGAUGAAUGUGGAAAGUAUUGUCGGUGGAUUCUUCAAAUAGAUUCACCAAUCUCUCAAACUGAGAUAUCAUUACCUGGUCCAAUCUCAGCAUCAAUUCGUUCCGGUGCUAUUGGUUGCUUAGAAAAUGAUUUUCGCUGUAAUGAUGGAAAAUGUAUCAGGUUCGAAUGGAAAUGUGAUGGAUCAGGCGAUUGUUCAGAUGGUGAAGAUGAGAAGGAUUGCCCACAUCCUGGCUGUAAACCGGAUCAAUGGCAAUGUGACAAAUACGAGUGGCGCUCAGUUUCUUGUAUUCCGGAAUAUCAGCGAUGUGAUAAUAUCACAGAUUGUGCAGAUGGUUCAGAUGAAGUGGACUGUCCGGGGAUGAGCGUAUCAUGUAAUGUUAACGAUGGCUCAGUAUUCCAAUGCGCUGAUGGAAGACAGUGCUUUGAUAUAUCAAGGAAAUGUGAUGGAAAGUAUGAUUGCAGAGAUCUAAGUGAUGAAAAGGAUUCUUGUCCACACAAUCAUACAGCAUGCUUUCAAUAUCAAUUUCGUUGUGCAGAUCAAUCACAAUGUGUUCAAAAAUCAUGGGUUUGUGAUGGUUCAAAUGAUUGCGCUGAUGGUUCAGAUGAACCAUCAACAUGUGAAUUCAAACAAUGUAGCGGUGGUGAAUUUCAAUGUAAAAACAAACGAUGUCAACCACGAAAGUUUCGUUGUGAUUACUAUGAUGAUUGCGGUGAUAAUUCUGAUGAAGAAGGAUGUGGGCAGUAUCUUUGUCCGCCACAGCAAUGGAAUUGUCCUGGUUCGGGUCACUGCAUUCAUAAAACUAAAUUAUGUGAUGGGAAAAAUGAUUGUUCUGAUGGUGCCGAUGAGAAGAAUUGCUCAUCAAAUCUUUGUCCAUCGUUGGGAUGUCAAGCCGGAUGCCAUUCAUCACCAUCUGGUGGAGUUUGUACUUGCCCCGUUGGCUACAAGUUAGAUGAACGAUUUCACAGAACUUGUUCCGAUAUCAAUGAAUGUAUUGAAUGGGGUUACUGCGAUCAAGGUUGUCAGAAUCAUCGUCCGGGAUUCACCUGCUCAUGUCUUAGCGAAUGUUAUCAUUUGGAAAUGAUGCAUGGUCCUAGAAAUGAUAAUCGUACUCUGCGAGGAUACUGUUUAUCACGAGAUUCAGAUACUAUGAGACUAUAUAUUGCUAGAAGAGAGGGAUUGUACAGGAUAGAUCCAAAUAAUCCAGAUGAAGAAGCAAAAAAAUUGGUUAGCGGUGAAUUCAUUUAUGGUAUUGGAUUUGAUUUUGGUGAUAAGAAAAUGUUUUGGACCGAUCGAUUGUCACACUCAGCAUUCAGUGGUGAUAUUGAUGAUAAUGGAGAUAUAAAAAAUAUUAAGAAACUUGAAUUGAAAAAUUUAAUUUUUCCACGAAAUUUGGCAGUUGAUUGGAUUACGAAUCAUUUAUAUAUUGUUGAGUCGGGAUCAAAACGAAUUGAUAUUUCAACGUUUGAUGGCGAAAGGAGAACUGUUUUGAUCGCUGAUGAUUUGACAUUACCAUUGGAUAUUGCCCUUGAUCCAAUUAGGGGUGAGAUGUUUUUUUCAAAUCAAUUCAAAUUAGAAAGUGCAGCAAUGGAUGGAACUCAUCGACGUACUCUAAUUGACACCCAUACACAUCAAGUGAGCGGUGUUGUAGUUGAUAUUGCCGCUAAACGAGUUUACUGGGUUGAUCCUAAAGUUGAUCGAGUGGAAUCAAUCGAUUACAAUGGAAAUGAUCGAAGGGUAGUUGUACAAGGGAUGAAUGAUGUUCCACAUCCAUUUGGUCUUACCAUAUUCGAUCAGUAUCUCUAUUGGACAGAUUGGACACGUCUUGGCAUUUUGCGUGUUGAAAAGUUUGGCUCACCAGUAGAUAUUAUUUGGACAAAAAAGGAAAAUAAUGUCUUUCCAAUGGGUAUCGCAGCAUAUCAUCCGAUGGUUCAAAUUGGACCGCAAGAAGGUGAAUGUCUUGGAUUGAAGGUUGAUAAUCCAUGCGUUGAAGCUGACUGUCAAGGAAUGUGCAUUUUAACCAAAGAUGCUAAUGGAAAUGGUGUUGGGUAUCGAUGUGUUUGUCCAAUAGGACAGAAGUUAGUGGAUGGAAAGCAGUGCGUCGAUUCCACUAAUUAUCUCUUAUUCAGUGGUACCAAAAUAGUACGUGGCAUAUUUCCGGAAAUAGAUCAGAAUUCGCUGAGUGAAGCAAUUUUACCCGUAUCACCAAUUUCAGAACGUCGUAUUGGAAUAUAUCAUGAAGUAGAAUGUGAUAUUCAUGGUAACAGCUUCUUUUAUGCAGAUGUCUUUCAUCAUACUAUUUACAGAGUAAAACCAGAUGGAGAAGGUUCAGUGCCAGUACUAGUCACUCAUAAUAUGGGAUUGGUUUCAAUGUCAUUCGAUUGGCUUUCAAAGCAGCUUUAUUAUGUUGACAAUAUCCGAAAUAGUCUUGAAGUUGUCAAAAUAUCUGAAGAGAAUCUUGUUCAUCCGGAUCAGCUUAUUCAUCGUCAAUUACUGAGCGGUUUGCGUGAACCGGUUGCCGUUGCUGUACAUCCAUGGCGUGGAAUACUAUUUUUUGCUGAUGCUGAGCGACCUGCAAGAAUUUAUCGAUGUAUGAUAGAUGCAAGUAAUUGUCAAAUCAUACGGAAUACAACCAUCGGAAGACCAUCCAGUAUUACUAUUGAUUUCGCGGAGGAUCGGCUUUGCUACUCUGAUACUUUACUGAUGACAAUUAAUUGUAUGAAUUUUGAUGGUUCAAAUCCAUAUGUUCUACCUGUGGAUAAUCCAAUUCCUGAUGCUAUUGCUAUACUUGGAGAUGAUCUAUAUUAUUUACAUCAGAGGCCAUAUUCCAUACGUCGUGUCAACAAACGAAAUGGCGGUAAAGGUCGAAUUAUCCGCCAAUUUAAUGACAAAUUUCGAAGUGUUUUCUCAUUGAAGGCUUGUUCACCGGCAAAUCAACCGAUACCUGAUCCAUCAAUUGAGCAUCCAUGCCAUUCCAGUGACUGUUCACAACUUUGCUUUGGACUUCCUAAUACUUCAUCAUCCUCAGAAGCUCAACCACUUGUGAAAAGAUGUGGAUGUAAGCAAGGGUUCAAAAUAAAUCCAGAAAAUAUGCGUACCUGUCAACGUGAUCCUCAUGAAGUUAUCGAAAUAAUAUGUGCUAGUAAUACAUCGCAAUUUUUAUGCACUAAUGGACGAUGUAUACGAAAUGAAUGGAAAUGUGAUGGGGAAAAUGAUUGUCUUGAUGGAAGUGAUGAGAUAGGACCAGAUGGUAAGCCUUGUUUUGUUGAAAAAGAAUGUCCAACAAAUACGAUUCGUUGUAACAAUACGAAGAAAUGCAUACCUCAGCAAUAUGCUUGUGAUGGUGAUAAUGAUUGCGGUGAUUAUUCUGAUGAAGAUGUUAAGUAUUGCAAAAAUGGUGAAAUUCCCAUUUGUGCAUCACGAAAGUUUCAAUGUGAUAAUCAUCGAUGCAUUCCGGAACAAUGGAAAUGUGAUUCGGAUAAUGAUUGUGGUGAUGGUUCUGAUGAAAAAUUGGAAAUGUGCGCGAAUGCGACAUGCUCUUCCAGUCAGUUCACAUGCGGGAAUGGUCGUUGUAUUCCGGUUUAUUGGCUUUGUGAUGGUGAUAACGAUUGCUAUGAUAAUACGGAUGAAGAUAAAGAAAGAUGUCCAUCAGUUCAAUGCCGCCCUGAGCAAUUUCGUUGCGCUAACAGACGACAAUGUAUCUCACUCAAAAACCACUGUGAUGGACAACAAGAUUGCGAUGAUGGAUCGGAUGAAGAAAGUUGUCUCUUUCAGGAAAAUAAGUGUACACACAAUGAAUUUACAUGCCUAUCUGAUGGAUUUUGCAUACCGAUAGCAUGGAAAUGUGAUGGACAAAAAGACUGUGAAGAUGGAAGCGAUGAACCGGAAAGCCUAUGUUCAAACACUCAAUGUGCCAAAGAUCAUUUCAAAUGUGCUAAUGGUCGUUGCAUUUUCAACACUUGGCUUUGUGAUGGAGAGAAUGAUUGUGGUGAUAAUAGUGAUGAAGAUGGAGAACAUGGCUGUCAGCGUUCUCAACUACUUGCUAUUCGAUGUCCUUUUGAACAUAUAGCAUGUCCAGGAGCUCCAGAUAAUUGCAUACCAUUACAUAAUUUGUGUGAUGGUAAACAUCAUUGCCCCGGUGGUACCGAUGAAGGUGGACGAUGUGCUCGAGAUUUAUGUGCUGCUGAUCGAGCUGGUUGUGCAUUCAAAUGUCAUAUGAGCCCUGAUGGUCCUCUUUGCUCAUGUCCAUUUGGUGAAGCGCUGGUGAAUAAAACAAAAUGUGAACCAGAAAAUGAAUGCUUAGAUGCUCGUUCGUGCAGUCAGCAUUGUACCGAUGAAAAGCAUGGAUUUAGUUGUAGUUGCGAGGAAGGAUAUAUAUUGGAUGCUGAUAAAAGAACUUGUAAAGUUAUUGAUGGUGUUCAGGAUAUGCGCAUUUAUGUGUCAAAUCGUAAUCGCAUUUAUUGGUCUGAUCGUUUUCUUGAGAAUUGGCAUACAUUCGAAGCACGAGUGGAGAAUGCAAUUGCAUUAGCUUGGGAUUCAGUGGAAGAUCGAAUUUAUUGGUCAGAUAUAAGAGAAAAGAAAAUUUAUUCGGCAACACGAAAUGGCACAAAUGUGACAGUAUUUAUUAGUGAAGGUUUGGAUGUAACAGAAGGUAUUGCAUUGGAUUGGAUUGCGCGUAAUUUAUAUUGGGUUGAUUCAAGUCUUAAUACAAUAGAAGUAGCAUCAUUGGAACGGCCUGGUGCACGAGCAAUUUUAAUUCAUGAAAAUGUUGAUCAACCACGAGGUAUUGCUGUAGAUCCAAGAAAAGGAUUGUUAUUUUGGACUGAUUGGGGACAGAAUCCACGUAUUGAAAGAGCAAAUAUGGAUGGGACUGAGAGAAGUAUAUUGGUAGAUUCGAAGAUUUAUUGGCCAAAUACAAUUGCUUUAGAUUUGACAACUAAUCGCCUCUACUUUGCUGAUAGUAAAUUAGACUAUAUUGAUUUUGUCAAUUAUGAUGGCACUGGUCGUACACAAGUAUUAGCAUCGACAAAGUUCGUCCAGCAUCCGCAUGCUUUGGCAAUAUUCGAAGAUAUAAUUUACUACAGCGAUCGUCGAUUACAACGACUUCAACUUUAUCCAAAAUAUCCAAAUGGUACAUCAAUAGAAUAUCAAUCACAUACAUUCUCUAAGGCUCUUGGUGUCACUGCAGUACAUCCUGUUUUGCAACCUAAUUUCAAAAACCCUUGUGCUGAUAAUCCUUGCUCUGAUCUAUGCUUAAUCGGUAAAAAUAUGACAAGUACAUGCAAAUGUCCACUGGGUAAAAUUUUGGAUGCAAAUGGUAGAAAUUGUAUAAGUAAUAUGAAACCAUUCUUGAUGUUGAUCCAGAAGACGAAUAUCUUUGGUUUAUCAAUGGAUGAUGCAAUAAAUGGGACACCGUCACUUUGCGGAAUGAUACCAUUUGCUGGUCUCAGUAAUGCGUAUGAUGCAGAUUAUGAUCCGGAAUCUGCUGAAAUAUUUUAUUUGGAGCAUGCAACAGCAGGUCGAAUAAUUAGUCCUAAUAGCCUUCCAGAAUCACGAAUUAUUCAAGUAUUAUCAUCUGCGACAAAUCGAACACAGAUAAUUGCAUCACAAAUUCCCGAUGAUUCUUAUACAAUGGCAAUGGACUGGAUCGGACGGAAUAUGUAUGUUGGAAAUAGAAUUUCGCAAACAAUUGAGGUAGUACGAACAAAAGAUAUGCAGUAUCGAGCAACUGUGCUAAACAAUAAUCAAUCUCCUACAGCAGUAUCUAAUCCGGUUGCUUUAGCAAUCGAUUCUGAUCGUGGACUUCUUUUCUGGUUGGAUCGUGGUGGCGGUGCUACUUCACCAAAAGUAGCUCGAGCUGAUUUGGAUGGUAAGAAUGCAUUGGUUAUUGUUUCAAAUGAUCUCACUGAACUAAAUCAUUUAGCGCUUGAUACAAUCAAUCAGCGCUUAUACUUCACAGAAUCAAAAGCUGGUCGAAUUUCAUUUGUAACAUAUGAUGGUCAAGAUCGUGGCUAUAUAUUAAAUGAUGUUGGAAAGCAACCACGUGGUAUUGCAUUCUUCAACAAUCGACUUUUCUAUGCAGAUAGUGCAUUCGAUAGUAUUGAAGUAGCUGUCUUAUCCGGUGAUGAUCAAGCAGUACAAUUUCAGCACUUUAAAAAAGAUGUUGAUCAAUUGAUUAAUAUUAAAGCUAUUUCUGGACGAAGUGCUGGACAUUCUCAUCCAUGCUGGACAAAUAAUGGUAACUGUGAACAUUUAUGCAUUCCGAAAGCAUUUUCACAGCAUUAUUGUAUGUGUGCUACGGGUUAUAUUCUUGAUGAUACCACUCAUUGCAAACUUUUUGAUCAGUCAUUUUUGAUUGUAGCGACAAAGACACAAAUUACUGGAAUACCGUUGAAAGAGGAACAAAAGAAAUCAGUAGCAAUGGAACCAAUUGGUGGUACCGCAAUCACUGCAGUUGAUUUUGAAUUCGAAAGCAAAUCUUUGUUCAUAGCAGAAACAUCGGGUCCUAAUCGAGGCAUCUAUAAGAUUACUUUGGGUGAUGGUGAAGUGAAGAAUAUUGUUCGGGAUAGCUUUGGCUCAUUUACAAUACGAAGUAUCGCUCUCGAUUGGGUUAAUUAUAACUUAUACUUUAUCAAUGUUGAUUCGGAUCGAACUCAUAUUGAAGUUUGUCAACUAGAUGGUAAUCAUCGUAAGAUUCUACUUUCAACAAAAACUGAAACGCCAACUUCUCUUGCUGUAGAUCCAGUUGGUAGAUAUUUAUACUGGGCUGAUCAGGGACAGAAACCUUCGAUUCAGCGAGCUUUCCUAGAUGGAAGUCAUCGACAGGUAGUUGUUCAUGAAAAUAUUGCUGAACCGACGGAUUUAAUAGUUGAUCCAAAUAGUCAUAUGAUCUACUGGACCGAUGCUAAACUUGAUGGAAUAUAUCGCAUUCGAGCUGAUGGUGGACCUGUGGAAUUAGUACGAAGCGAUAUUGCCGCUGCAGCGGGCAUUUCAUUGCUCGGACAAACAAUGUACUGGACAGAUAAUCGCUUAGAAAAAGUCUUCUCUGCAACCAGCCACCCGAAUCAGACAUCAUUGUUAUUAUCACCAACGACAAUUGCUGCUGGUUUAGUUGAUCUGGGAAAUGUUGUUGUAUUUGAUGAAUCCGUGCAGCCAAAAGCAUCAUCACCCUGUCAAAGAACGGAUAAUUUGAGGAAAACUCCAUGCUCUCAACUUUGUUUCGCUUCACCUGGCAGUCAAAGUCCUUUGUGCGCAUGCGCUCGUGGCAUACUAAAGGGAAGAUCUUGCGAAGAGCCUGAAACAUUCCUAAUGUUUGUGGAUGGUACCAAUAUAGUGGAUACACCGAUUGAACCAGAUGUAAAAGCGCCAAAUCCAUUAAAGAAAGCUUUACCACAAAUUGAAAAUUUGCAAACAUUUGAUGUUGAUGUGAAUUUACGGCGCAUCUAUAUGGUUACUGAAUCUUCAUAUGGCGCAAAUAUCUCAUGGUUUGCAAUGAAUCAACCAGCUAAACGAAGGCUCAUUUUUGGUCCAACAAAAAAUAAACUUACUGAAUCAGUGCGACAUAUUUCGGAUAUGAAACUUGAUUGGUUAACGCACAAAAUAUAUUUCACUACUGGCAGGGGUGGUAAAGUAUAUGUGGUAGAUGUACAAGGUGAACAUGCAGCUACAGUUGCAAAUGGUGAUUGGACAUAUGCUUUGGCUUUGGAUCCAUGUGCCGGUUUUGUUUUUUGGUCUGAUAGUGGUUAUAAAAUAACUGGCGGUGUAUAUGAGCCGCGAAUCGAACGUGCCAAUAUGGCAGGUGGCGAUCGACGUGUAAUUCUAAAAGAGGGUAUAAGUUUACCUGCUGCACUGACGAUUGAUUUUCGAGAACAGCGACUUUAUUGGGCUGAUAUCAAUAAAUUAAAUAUUGAAUCAUCAGAUUAUGAUGGCAAGAAUCGACGUGCAAUCGGUGUUGGAUAUCGUGCUAAAAGUCUUGAUAUAUGGGGUCAAUGGUUAUAUAUGAGUGACCCGCUAGCCAAUGGUAUAUUUCGCAUGAAUAAGAAUUCUGGUAUCGAUUAUGAGAAUGUUGUAUCAGAUCGACGAAUUCCAUCUACAUUGCGAGUAGUUGCUUCGGAAGCGGAUACACGAACUCGUAACCAAUUCUGCAGUACAUACAUAUCAGGUUUAUGCAAAAAGGAUAAUGGUGGCUGUGAACAGCUUUGUCAUGUAAUUGCAUCUGAUAGCGAAGUGACAGCUUCAAAGGUGCAAUGCGCUUGCAAUGAUUCUUUCGAACUUGUCACUGAACCUGGCAAAGAUAUUGCUACUCAAUGUGUACCUCGCGAAGUUGUUCAAACUUGUCAAGCACCAUAUAACUUCCAAUGUGGUGAUGGCACUUGUAUAGCGCUUAUCGCAACAUGUAAUGGUCAACAAGAUUGUGCAGAUGGUUCGGAUGAGCAUCCAACGUAUUGUAAUACGCGUGUAUGUCCGGAGCGAUAUUUUCUAUGUAAUAAUCGACGUUGUAUCGAUGCUGAACUUGUAUGCAAUAGCAUAGAUAAUUGUGGCGAUAAUUCAGAUGAACUUGAUUGUUCUGUUACAUCACCAUCCACUUGUCCUGCUGGACAUUUCGAGUGCUCUAAUGGACAUUGUAUCAACAGUACCAAAAUAUGUGAUGGUCAUAAUGAUUGUCAUGAUGAAAAAGUAUCUGAUGAAAAUAAGGAAACAUGUCCAGAUUUAUCUAUUGAUUGUCGUGGAGUACGAAUACGUUGUCCAAAUACGAAUAUUUGUAUUCAGCCAGCGGAUCUUUGUGAUGGUUAUGAUGAUUGUGGUGAUAAAGCUGAUGAAAAUAAACUUUUCUGCAUGAAUCAACCAUGUGCUGUACAUUAUGUUCGUUGUCCGAGCGGUCGAUGUAUACCAGAAACUUGGCAAUGUGAUGGUGAUAAUGAUUGCGGUGAAGGCGCUUGGGAUGAAAAUCAUACGAAUUGUACAGAUUCUGCUGGAAGGCGUAUUUGCUUAGGAGAAUAUUUAUUCCAGUGCGAUAAUGGGAAAUGCAUCAGUCGAGCAUUUAUUUGUGAUGGCGAAGAUGAUUGUGGUGAUGCAAGCGAUGAAAGUAUGAUUCAUAACUGUGGGAAUCGUACAUGUAGUGAUCAAGAAUUUCAUUGCAAAUCAAAUGCUCAUCUUACUCAACCAAAAUAUGAAUGUAUACCAAAAGCAUGGCUUUGCGACGGUGAUGUCACUUGCGCAAAUGGAGAAGAUGAAAGCAAGGAAUUAUGCGGAGUGGAAAAGAAAGAGUGUAAUAAGGGCGAAUUUAGGUGUGCGAACAAACAUUGUAUCCAUGCUUCAUGGGAAUGUGAUGGUGAUAACGAUUGCCUGGAUGGUUCCGAUGAGCAUGCCAAUUGUACUUACUUACAAUGUCAACCUGAUUUUUGGCAGUGCGAAAAUAAGAAAUGCAUCCCUGCUUCAUGGAGAUGUGAUGGAAAUGAUGAUUGCGAGGAUGGUAGCGAUGAGAAGGAAUGUGCUGAUAAAAAUGCUACAGCGCUAACGGUUUGUACUGCGGAAGAGUUCCGUUGUAAUAGCGGAGAAUGUAUCGCUGCAACGAAAGUAUGCGAUCGAGUUUAUGACUGUUCGGAUAGAUCCGAUGAAUCAUCAAAAUGCUCUAUUAAUGAAUGUAGCGUUGCCGAAAAGCCAUUGUGCGAACAAAAAUGUGUUGAUUUACCAAUCGAUUAUCGUUGUGAUUGUUUCGAAGGAUUUGCUAUUGAUGAAGAUGAUAAGAAAUCAUGCCAUGAUAUUGAUGAAUGUGAAACUGGCCUUGGUCGUUGUAGUCAAAAAUGUGAAAAUAAAAUUGGUACUUAUAAAUGCUGGUGCAUUGAUGGAUAUUCUAUAUUAAAUGAUGAUCGUACAUGUAAACGAGUUAAUAUGGAUCCGGAACCGUGGUUGCUAUUUGCAAAUAAGCAUUAUAUACGGAAACUUACUGUGGAUGGAGUAAAUUAUGAAUUAGUAGCUCGAGGAUUUGAAAAUGUUAUAUCGAUGGAUAUUGACAUGAAAGAAAGAAAAGUCUAUCUUGUGGAUUCCGGUAAACUUAGACUCUAUAGAGUUGGUAUGGAAGAGUUAGAUCAACCAAUUGACUCCUAUGAAGUAGUACUGAAACAUAAUAUUUUUGGUACUGAAGGCAUUGCAAUUGACUGGGUUGGGCGCAAAUUGUACAUGUUGAAUCGACAGGAACGUUCGUUACGCGUCUGUGAAUUGAAUGGCCGAUAUUGCAGAACACUUAUUCGUGAUCGUAUCGUUCAACCAAAGGCAAUAGUAGUGCAUCCAGAAAAAGGCUAUCUAUAUUUUACGGAAUGGAGUUUGCAAGCAUAUAUUGGUCGAGUAUCAAUGGAUGGGUCUCCACAAUUAGCUGAUCCAAUUGAAAAACUUGCUGAAAAUGAUCUUGGCUGGCCAAAUGCUCUUGCUAUUGAUUACUUUUCUGAUAAACUAUUCUGGGCGGAUGCGCACUUAAAUGAAAUUGGCUUUAUGAAUUUGAAUGGCGGUGCCAGACAUCAUAUUCCAGCAAAGCGCACAUCCCACGUCUCAUCGAUAACCGUAUUCGAUGAUUAUUUGUUUUGGUCAGACUGGAACUUACGAGAAAUUAUUAGAGCAGAUAAGUGGACUGGGCUGAAUGAAACAGUACUGAAAAUAACGACACAAUUGCCAAAUGACAUUAGGGUUAUUCAUCCAUUCCGACAACCGGAAUAUAAGAAUCCAUGUGGUGAUGAUAACGGUGGAUGUUCUCAUUUAUGUUUGUUAUCAGCGCAUGAUCCUGGUUUCACUUGUUCUUGUCCUGAUCAGUUUCUUCUUCUUACUGAUAAUAAAACUUGUGAACCUCAAUGCACUGAUCGACAGUUUGCAUGUGGCGGCGAUGACGCUAAAUGUAUUCCAAAGCUGUGGUACUGUGACGGAGAGCCGGAUUGUGGUGAUGGUAGCGAUGAACCGGGAAAAGAUAUUUGCGGACCGAGAAUUUGUGCUGUUGGAGAAUUCCAAUGUAACAAUCACAACUGCACACGACCAUUCCAACUUUGCGACGGUAACGAUGAUUGUGGUGAUGGUUCUGAUGAGGUAGAAUGUGACAAGCCAUGCAAUCCAUGGAUGUUCAAAUGUACAGCAACCGGAAAGUGCAUCCCGAAGCGAUUCAUUUGUGAUGGAGACGAUGAUUGUGGCGAUCUAUCCGAUGAAACAGAUGUCAUAUGCAAAAACAAGGAUCGAAACUGUACUGCGGAAGAAUUUCGUUGCUCUAAUCACAAGUGUAUACCGAAGAUGUGGAAGUGUGAUAAUGAUGAUGAUUGCGGUGAUAAUUCAGAUGAGCCACCAGAAUGCGUAAAUACCGAAUGUCGCAAAGGAUGGACUCGAUGUUCCACUUCAUAUAGAUGCAUACCAAAUUGGGCAUUCUGUAAUGGACAAGAUGAUUGUCGUGAUAAUUCAGAUGAAAUGAUUGAUCGAUGCCCGGCUUGUGAUGAUGUUGGUGAAUUUCGAUGUGCUACAUCAGGAAAAUGUAUUCCGAAAAGAUGGAUGUGUGAUAGUGAAAACGACUGUGGUGAUGAUUCCGAUGAAACAGAUCCGUCAUGUGGAGGCACAUCGAGACCAUGUUCAGAAUCUGAAUUUCGGUGCACUGAUGGUCGCUGUAUUCCUGGAAAUAAAGUUUGCGAUGGUACUGCACAGUGUUCUGAUGGUAUUGAUGAGUCACAGUGCAAAUUACGUGAGUGUAAUGCAGGAUAUAUGAAAUGUGACGAUGGUACUUGUAUACCUGAGCGUCGUUGGUGUGAUCGUCGGCGUGAUUGUCCGAAUGCUUCUGACGAAUCUCAUUGCGAAAAUUAUCCGAAUCGCCGUGAAUGUAGUCCAUUUGAAUUUGAAUGCAGUAAUUCAGUGUGCAUCCCACGUAAAUUCAUUUGCGAUGGUGAUAACGACUGUGGUGAUAAUUCUGAUGAAACAAAUGAGCACUGCAAGAAUACAUUAUGUGAUCCGCCACUUCGUUUUCGUUGCGCUCAUUCCAGACUUUGUCUCAACAUUUUGCAGUUAUGUAAUGGCAUCAAUGAUUGUGGACCAUUUGACCAUUCAGAUGAGCAUUUGUCCAUGUGCAGCUCAUUUUCUGAAUAUGGCGAUUGCACUACCAAUCAGUUCAAAUGUACCAAUGGUAAAUGCAUCAAUGCAUCAUUGGCUUGCGAUCACAAUGAUGAUUGCGGCGAUGCAAGCGAUGAAAUUGGAUGUGCGAAAAGAAAAGGAAUUACAUGUUCAACAAACAAUGAAAAUGGGAAUUGUAAACAUUUGUGUACAGAUGUCAAAAAUGGUUAUUACUGUCAUUGUCGAGAUGGAUUUCAACCAAAUCCAGAUGAUCCUUAUGAUUGCAUUGAUAUUAAUGAAUGUGCAGGAAAUAAUACUUGCACUCAGAGCUGUCUGAAUACCAAAGGAUCAUAUCUUUGCCACUGUCUUGAGGACUUCGAAAAUAAUGUGGUUGUAGGAGCAAUGACUGGCAAAGAUUGUCGUGCCAAGGGUGAGCCACCGCUAAUAAUGGUAGCUGCAGAUGGUGAAGUGAUACAAUUAAAUCUUGCUCAUGCAGGUGAAACAAAUCGUCAUGCAGUUGGUACACUUGAGCAAAAUAAUAUUAUUGCAUUAGAUUUCGAUCCACGUAAGGAAUUAAUGUUCUGGAUUGAUGGUCAGCAACGUAAAAUUUAUCGAUCCGCAUUACCUAAAGGAAAUCAAUCACAUGCUGGGCAGGAACUUUAUAUUGAUUUCAAAGAUUUGAACUCUUCACCAAACGCACUUUCCAUUGAUUAUCUUACAGGGAAUAUAUAUUUCACAACAGUAUCAAAUGAGGAAACUGCAGGAUUUAUAGCAAGGAAGAAAAGAGAUGCGGAGGAAAAUGAAAAUAAAGGUAGUGGGGACGGUACAAUUUAUAUGGCAAAAUCGGAUGGUCGUUAUUUGCGAACUGUAAUUAAGGGACGACUUCAUAUUCCAACUGCUAUUAUUACAUUGCCACAAAUUGGACGAAUAUGUUUUGCGGAUGCUGGAUUUAAUGCAAAAAUUGAAUGCGCUGAUAUGGAUGGAAAACAUCGCGAUGUUAUUGUAAAAGACCUCAUUUAUUCGCCAACUUCAUUGGCUGUUGACGAGGGUAAAGAGAAUCGAAUAUAUUGGGCUGAUCCGAAGUACCGCAAAGUGGAAUCAGUUUUACCGGAUGGUUCAAAACGAACAACAGUUAUAGUGGAUAAUCGGAUGCCGUGGACAAUCGAUGUGUUCGAGAACAAUCUCUAUUGGGCUUCCAAAGAAAGCGAAGAUUUAUUUGUACAGGAUAAAUUUGGUCGUGGUCGUAUCAGUGUAUUAGCUUCCAGUAUUCGAAAUGCACACAAUAUUCGUAUACAUCAGCGUUUCGCACGUGACACGUCACGUAGUGUAUCAGCAUGCUCGCAAGCUUCAUGCAGUCAUUUGUGUGCUGAAUUACCUCAAAAUACUUACGGAUGCUUAUGUCCUGAUGAAUCACCACAACUUGAUGAUGGUUCAUGUUCUGGUACCAGAGUGGACGAGUUACCAAUUCCAAAACAAUGUGAAUGUCAAAAUGGUGGUAUAUGUCAAUUAGAUGGUUAUUGUGAUUGUGGUGAUUUUGAAGGAGAGAAAUGUCAGAAAGGUUCUACUGUAUCCCGACAGUUAAUUGGUCGAUUUGGUUCGAAUGCUUUAUUGGCGGCAUUGCUCUUCGUUUCUUUGCUAGCCUGUGUUGCGCUAAUGGCUUUGGUUGGAACGAACCUUUAUAGGAAGCGCCUAUUACUCUUCAAAAAAAAUGAAGCUGCUGAUGGAGCUGUUUCAUUUCACGGGAAUGUUAUCUCAUUUAGCAAUCCGGUACUUGAUCCUAAACCAAGUGAUGCAACAUCAGUGGAAUAUGGUAUGGUACAAUUACAAGCAAGUUCGGUAGCUUCAGCAACAACAUUUUCAAAUCCGGUAUACGAAAUGGAAGAAUCAUCCGAUGCUCAUUCGAUACGAUCCUCUUCCAUUAUAGCAUCAUCACUUACUGAAACAUCAAAUGGCAAUGGUGCAUCGCGGGCGCAUUCUUUUGCUUCCAUCGAUAUGAAACCUGAACUUUCGACUUCUGUUAUUGCACCUCAUUCAGAUCUAAGGCCAAGUGUACCAUUACCGCCUAGGAGAACGCUAAAAGAAGGAAACGAUAAAAUGAUGCUUGUAAGCAACAAUGAUGAGGUCACCGAUGUGUAA